AUGCUAAAUGGCAGUCGGUUUAAGAAAAAACUAUUGAUUCGAAACGAUUUCACUGACAACAACGCUGACCACGAUGGGGUAGCCGAUAGGACUACUGGUCGAUGGAGGCGGACCGACCGACUGACAGGCGCCGCGACGUCUCGUGCGUGCCGUUCGCCGACGCGAACACACGGAGACCCGACCGCUCGCGACGUGUUCGAGCAGCCGUCGUCGCCGUCCUCCCGUUCCAGUGAGCAAAUCCGAUUCAGCGACGUGCUUGAUUCAUUUCAGAUUCACUUCAAUUGA